UCUAAGGUUUAAUGGCGUAUAACGGAUAUUUAUAACCACAAUACAAAAUAUCAGGUAAAAUUAUAAAAUGUUAACUGUCCAUUGGACAUUUUAUGAACGAAAAUGAAUCGGGCAGCACUGUGCCACUUCAGCGCUGACCGAGUUUGUGCAUGAUCUUUGAACACUGUUAUUAUAGUAAUUUUCGUCGAGUAGGCAAAGGAUUCUGCUAAAGGGAACAACUGUCCAAGAUGACAUCGGGCAAGGUCUUGGACGUGAUUGUUGUGGGCUCCUGUAUGACUGAUUUGGUGAGCCAGGCACCAAGAUUACCUAAAGCAGGGGAAACUAUCCACGGUCACAAGUUCUUCAUCGGGUUUGGCGGUAAAGGAGCCAACCAGUGCGUGCAGGCUGCAAGACUGGGUGCAGAGAGUGCAAUGGUCUGCAAGGUUGGAAAAGACUUCUUUGGAGACAAUUAUAUCCAGAAUUUCAAGGACAGCGGUGUGCACACAGACUUUGUACGACAGACCUCAGAUGCAGCAACUGGGGCAGCCUCCAUCAUUGUCAAUGAUGCAGGGGAAAAUGCCAUUGUAAUAGUUGCGGGUGCGAACAUGUUGCUGAAUGCUGAGGAUCUAAAGGACAUGCAGCCCUCUCUGAGCCAAGCGAAAGUCCUGGUGUGUCAGCUGGAGAUCAGCCCACAGACCUCACUGAACGCACUGUGUAUGGCUCGGGAGAGUGGAGUGAAGACCAUAUUCAACCCAGCGCCAGCAAUCCCGGUCUUGGAUGAAGAAUUCUACAAAGUGUCUGAUGUGUUCUGCUGUAAUGAGUCUGAGGCCGAGCUGUUAACAGGCUGCCCGGUCUCCAGUGUGGUCGAAGCAGAGCAUGCCGGACAGAACCUACUAGCUCGUGGUUGUGGGGCAGUUAUCAUCACUUUAGGACCCCAGGGUUGUGUGGUGCUCCAGGCAAAAGGGUCCACAUCCAAGCACAUCCCAACAGACGCAGUAACAGCUGUAGACACAACGGGUGCUGGUGACAGUUUCAUCGGAGCACUGGCAUUUUACAUGGCCUAUUAUCCCACAGUGCCUUUGGAGGAGAUGGCGAGGAGAGCUAAUAAAGUUGCUGCAGUAAGCGUGCAGACCAUGGGCACACAGACAUCCUUUCCCUUUAAAAAAGAUCUGCCUUCUGUAUUAUUCUGAAGCCUUGAAAUCAACUAUAUAUGAAUCAAAACUGCAAAAUUAAAUAUUUUUAACAACAGAUGAAUUGUAAUAUAUUGUAUAACACUUAAUUUUUAAUAAAAAUGUACAAAAUUGAAA